UCUUUCUGGUGAGGACUGAAGAUUUGCACUGUAUACUUUGCUGGAUUUUAAAAAAAAAAAACACGCUUUCGAUUACAGUGUUCUUUGAUCAUACGUACUUUUCAAGCAUUUACUUGAACAGACAAAAGGGAACUGGAAAUUUCACAGUUAAAAUCAUUUUUAUCUUUCUUGAGAGAUGAUUACUUUCAUGGACUCGAAGGAGAAACCAAAAGAGAUGGAGAAAUGCUUGGAUUCUCAACUAUGGCAUGCUUGUGCUGGUGGAAUGGUUCAAAUGCCUCCGGUUAACGCCAAAGUCUUUUACUUUCCUCAAGGCCAUUCCGAGCACGCUUCCGGCACUGUCGAUUUCAGGCACUGUCCUCGAAUUCCGGCUUAUAUAAUCUGCAGAGUCGCCGCCGUUAAGUUCAUGGCCGACUCCGAAACCGACGAGGUUUUCGCGAAAAUCAAGCUGACCCCUGUUAAUGGUGAUGACCCUGAUUUUGAAGAUGAUGGAACUGGAGGCGUUAAUGGGAAUGAAACGCAAGAAAAGCCUGCUUCUUUUGCGAAGACAUUGACUCAAUCGGAUGCUAACAAUGGCGGCGGAUUUUCGGUUCCGAGGUAUUGUGCCGAAACCAUAUUUCCCAGAUUGGAUUACUCUGCUGAUCCACCUGUUCAGACGAUUUUGGCCAAGGAUGUCCAUGGUGAAACCUGGAAGUUUAGGCAUAUUUAUAGGGGUACCCCAAGGAGACAUCUUUUGACUACGGGCUGGAGCGCUUUUGUUAACAAUAAGAAACUUGUAGCCGGGGAUUCGAUUGUGUUUUUGAGGGCGGAAAAUGGUGAUCUUUGCAUCGGUAUUCGAAGGGCGAAGAGGGGAAUUAGUGGAGGACCCGAGAGUUCUUCUGGAUGGAAUACUACGGCCGCGAAUUGUAUGAUCCCAUAUGGAGGAUUUUCACCUUUUCUGAGGGAAGACGAAAGCAAGUUGAUGAGAAAUGGAAGCAAUAAUAGGAUUAGCUCGAAUGGUAAUUUGAUGGGGAAGAAAAAGGAUAGGCCUGAACACGUUAUCGAAGUUGCAACACUUGCUUCCAAUGGCCAACAAUUCGAGGUCGUUUACUACCCGAGGGCGAGUACCCCAGAGUUCUGCGUGAAGGCCUCUUUAGUUAAGGCUGCAUUGCGGAUCCGGUGGUGUUCGGGAAUGAGAUUUAAAAUGGCGUUUGAAACAGAUGAUUCUUCUCGGAUUAGUUGGUUUAUGGGCACUAUAUCUUCGGUUCACGCCACAGAUCCCCUUCGCUGGCCCGACUCUCCUUGGAGGCUUCUUCAGGUUACAUGGGAUGAGCCAGAUUUGCUUCAAAAUGUAAAACGAGUGAGUCCUUGGCUAGUGGAAUUGGUUUCGAACAUGCCCGCGAUUCAUCUGUCUCCCUGUUCACCACCAAGAAAGAAGCUGAGACUGCCGCAUCACUCGGAUUUUCCCUUCGAUGGUCAACUUCCAAUGCCUACAUUUUCAGGCAACCUCCUUGGGGCCAGCAACCCCUUUGGGUGUUCACACAACACUUCUCCUGCUGGCAUGCAGGGAGCCAGGCAUGCUCAUUAUGGUCUAUCUUUAUCGGAUCUCCACCUUAAUAAACUGCGGUCGGAUCUCUUUCCGGCUGGUUUCCCAUCACUCGAUUAUGCUGCUACACCCAAUAGGACCUCCAUUGGUGGCCCAAACAUGCGAAAGACUAGCAUGAGUGAUCACAUUUCUUGUGUGCUAACCAUGGCCCAUCCUACACAGAAUUUCAAGAAAACCGACGAUGCAAAGACACCUCAGCUUGUACUUUUCGGCCAGGCAAUUCUUACCGAGCAGCAAAUCUCCCUCAGCUGCUCUGCUGAUACAAUCUCUCCUGUUCUUACCGGUAAUAGUUCUUCGGAAUACCUGGAUAAGACUGCAAACUUUUAUGAUGGUUCCGGCUCUGCACAUCAUCAACAAGGUCUUCCAGAGCGUGCAUCCUGCGAAGGUCUCCACUGGCACAAGGAUAACCGCCAAGAAGCUGAACAGAACUUAGAGAUCGGUCACUGUAAAGUUUUCGUGGAGUCAGAGGAUGUCGGUCGUACGCUUGACCUUUCAUUGCUGGGGUCUUAUGAUGAAUUGCAGAGAAAGCUGGCAGACAUGUUCGGAAUAGAAAACCACGAAACUCCGAGUCAUUUACUGUAUCGAGAUGCCACCGGUGCAGUCAAACAAAUUGGAGAAGAACCAUUCAGUGACUUCACGAAAACUGCUAGGAGGUUAACGAUCCUAACUGAUUCAAGCAGCGACAAAUAAACCUUGAUUCCAACAUGUAUAGCUGACUGCAACUCAAGUCCGUGUUGUGGACUUGCAAUCGGUAAAACCGUCGCUUAUUCGGAGUUGUUAAUUUCGAUUUCUAAACAUUUUUCUUGGUAUCUUUGUUCCUUGGUUUCAUAGGACCUGUUCUUGGUAUGUAGGACAGGGUCCUAUGUAUUUAAGGGGCUUUAUAUGUCCCAUUUUAUUGUUUUCUUUCCCCUUUUUCCUUUGGGGGAACUGAUUUUAAAGCUGUUAAAAGCGAAAGCCAAAACAACAUCCCUGCCCUGUCUGUACU